AUGAUGUCUCAGUCGCACGUUCAGAUACAACAAGGUAACGGCGGAAGUGGCGCUGGCGGUUUUUACUAUCGAGGCGAUUCUAAUGCGGUUAUGAAUAAUGUUGUGAAUACAGGCACGGGUAUUAAUGCUAGUGCCGGGGCAGGUGGUGUUUCUUUGCAACAACAGCAGGAUUUCGUUAAUGCGCUUAUAAGUGUGUUGGAAGUGCCCAAGGAUGCCACUUCUGUUGCAGCUGAGUAUGCUAAUGAUAAGAAUACUGCCAGUGAAGUGCAAGCUUAUGCGAAAAUCGCGGGCAAAGACUGGACUUACUAUUUGAAAGAUAUAGUGAUUAACAUUGGGAGGAACACUUCUCCAGGCGAUGCUUCGGUGGAUAUAGAUUUAGGUCCGGCAAAAGUUGUGUCAAGGCAGCAUGCUACCAUUAAAUUCAAUUCAAAUUCUGCACUAUGGGAAUUACAUGUCACGGGACGUAAUGGAGCCAAGGUCAAUUUCCAUAGAAUUAAUUCAGGCCCUAAUUCAGUGCCUCAUCCGUUAUCCUCAGGAUCCAUUUUGGAUAUCGGUGGUACGCAAAUGAUGUUUAUUCUACCAGAUCAAGGACUUUACAUUGAUCCGAAUGCGGUAGCCCAUUUGACUCCAAAGCUUUUCAUGGCUUAUUAUAACGUUACUACAAAUCCAUUGUUACGAAACCUUUUCCAAUCUAAUCCAGAUUUAAUUCAUUCGUUGGAAUUAUCUUCACCCUCCCGUAAUGGUCAAUUAGGUGUCAGCUCUCAGACUCAAAUGUUGCCUCAAUCAAGCCAAUCUCAUUUGCAUAGCCAUGGCAACGGUCAGCCUUCAGUGAGAGCUUUCAAAAUGUACGAUGCUCCUGAUUCUGCCAUGAGGUCACAACUGCUGUCAGAAUCUACGGGACAGAUGUAUGGUUCCAACGGUGCUUCUAAUGGACACGGAAUGUCACACAGUAAUGGUUCCUCCGACAUGUCGAACGGUCAACUGUAUGGUACCAUCGCUAACACUGGAUUCAACAUUGCUAGCACAGAUGUCUCUACUGAUUUAUCUCGUGAUGAAAACAGAAAUAUUAAACCACCUCAUAGUUAUGCUACCAUGAUUACACAAGCUAUCUUAUCUACGGAGGAAGGUGAAUUGUCCUUAUCUGACAUUUACAAACAUAUCGCCAACCAUUACUCUUACUACCGUUAUACAAAAGCUGGCUGGCAAAAUUCAAUAAGACACAAUCUUUCCUUGAACAAAGCGUUCGAAAAGGUGCCAAGGAAACCAGGUGAACCAGGUAAAGGUAUGAAGUGGAGAAUCAGCGAAGAAACUCAGAGAGAUUUCCUAGAGAAGUGGCAAAACGGGAAAAUAGGGAAAGUGAGGCGUGGAUCUAGUGUCACUAGACAGUUGCAAGCUCACAUGUAUCGUUUCAACAGUCUACCCAUACAAAGAGAGACCUUCAGCUUCAACGAUCAAAGUAAGACCAAUGUAAAACCACAAUCAUCAUCAUCGUCACAUUCGGAUUAUAGUCAAACUCCGAAGCUAGAAAAAUCCUUGCAAUCUCUACAACCUCAUUCACAAUCAUCGCUACAUCAAACUUCUCCACCUGUACCACAUCCACCAAUUCCUUCAUAUUCGCAACAGGAUCAUACGUCUUCGAACUAUUCUACGGAUCAUUCACAUCAGUCCGACCUUCCGGCUCCUAAAAGACAACAUUUGAAUCCACCUUCUCAACAUAGUCAACAUCAACAACCAGCUCUUCCUCCACCUUCUUCUGGGCAGACAAGAUCACCCAAUCACCAGCAGAUGCCUUCCAAUGUAUCUUCUACCGGAUCAUUGCUACAUUCACCUAACAAACAUUUCCAAGUGAACGCUGUUGAAGCGUACACUCCGGAAAGAGGAUCCAACUUACAGAAAUCUCCACAACCAAUACUUAAUCUACCAUCCCUUCCGCAGGCCACUGACAUGGGACAAUCGACAUCAAGGUCUGACUCAAACGCUUUGCAGCUUCCAACAAAAUCAAGCCCUGGAGUAAUGAAUUUAUUACAAUUUUCUUCUGUAAAUAAUACACCCUCUACCAAUUUGCAACGUACUCCGGUAUCCCACCCACAAGUAACGGAAAAUCUGGAUGGGAAAGAUUCCAAAUCUAAUAUGUUGGCCGUGAAUAAUGCAUUUCAAGAGUCGAACUCCAUCAAUGAGGAUGACAAGACCAAUCUUCUAAGUGCCAGGAACGUGCAAGAUGAAAACGAUGAAGAUGAAGGCAGAAUAAUGAGCAGUCCAAUCAAGGUUAAAGAUAACAGAAACAAUCAACUGGUUGUUGAUCCAAAUGAAAAUUCGGUUAUAGUAAAAACCGAUCAAUGA